AUGGCAGGAGAGGAAAAGCAUACGACCCACGCGGAGAACGUGCAAGUCGUCGACCCGACGGCACAUCUGGCACACGAUGACCAAGAGAUUGAACAGGACAACGGAGAGAUUCUCCUGCGACUCACCCCCGGCGCCGAGAAAGGGGUCAACGUGACCAACCUCAAGCUCGCAAAGGAUGGCCAGACCGUGCUCGUCCCCCAGCCGUCGGACGAUCCCGACGACCCCCUGAACUGGUCCUCCUUCAAGAAGCACAUGGUCCUCAUCUGCGUCGCCUUUGGCGCCUUCGCCGGCGACUUUGGGUCCGGCGCCGGGGUCGGCACCAUCGUCGUGCAGGGCAUCGAGUGGAAUAUGUCGCCGGUCGUCGUCAACUACGCGGGCAACUUGAACGUCAUCAUGUGCGGUGUCUCGGGGCUCAUCUGGAUGCCGCUGCUCAACUACUGGGGCCGCACGCCCGUGCUGUUCUGGAGCUCCGUCCUGGGCGCGGCCUUCACCCUGGGCUCGGCGUUGGCCCCCAACUUUGCGUCGUUCUACGGCUUUCGCACACUCCAGGGCGUCACCCAGAGCACGGGCCAGACGAUCGGCUUGGCCUUCAUCCACGACAUGUUCUUCUUCCACGAGCACGCGCGCAAGAUCGGCGUGUGGUACGCCAUCUUCAUCAUCUCCCCUUACUUCGGCCCCUUCUGCGGCAACUUCAUCGUGGGCACGCUGGGCGAGUGGCGCCCGGUCUUCUGGCUGGUGUUUGCCUGGUCGUGCUUCCUGCUCUGUCUGAUCCUCGCGUUCGGCGACGAGACAUACUACCGCCGCUCGGUGCCGCGAGCCCAGCAGCCCCCUCGGCCCGGCGGCCAGGUCGGGCGGCUCUCUCGGGUCCUGGGCGUGUGGCAAAUCCAGCACCACGCGAAUGGCUACUUCUCGACGCUGCCGCGGUGCUACGGCCGGCUGGGCGAGGUGCUGCUCAAGCCCGUCAUCCCGCUGUGUAUGCUGUUCUACCUGAUGAUAUUCAUGUGGUCGGUGGGGAUCAACAUCACGUCGUCGAUCCUGCUGCAGACGCCCGUCGCGGCGGGCGGGUACGGCUUCAGCUCCAUCGCCUGCGGCUACAUGUACUUCACGCCGUUCGUGGCCAUCCUCGUGGGCGAGGCGUUCGGACACUACUUCAACGACUGGAUCGCGACCCGCUACGUGACGCGCCACGGGGGCCUGUUCGUGCCCGAGACCCGCCUGUGGACCAACUACAUCGGCGGCGUGUUCAUGGUGCCCGGGCUGGUGCUGGUGGGCGAGACGCUGCAGCGGCACUGGCACUGGGUCGCGCUCGUGUUCGGCUGGGGCAUGUUCCAGUUCGGCGUCAUGGUGGUCUCCGUCGCCACCGUCGCCUACGUGCUCGACUGCUACCCGACCGCGUCCGGCGAGGUCUCGGCCCUGAUCAACUUCGCCCGCGUGCUCGGCGGCUUCACCGUCGGGUACUUCCAGCAGGCCUGGGGUCUGAAGAUGGGCUUCGACGUCUCGUUUGGAUUGCAGGCCGUCAUCAUCGUGGCCGCCUACGUCAUCCUCAUCUUUGUCCAAGGCUACGGCGCCAGGCUGCGUCGUUGGGCCGGGCCCGUCAGACUCACUUUGUAG